GAAGAGAGAGAGAAAACGGUGAUACAUGUCCGUACAUAGUGCCCCAAAAUCAAAUCAUACAUAUCCAAAAACAUCAACCAAACAAAAACCCAAACCCAAUAUCUGAGGCUGCCGCGUCCGCCAAAAACCAUCUCUUUUCUUUUUUCAAUGUUCUCCACGUGUCUCCUUUUCAUUCGCUUUCACUUUCUUUUUUCUUUUUCUUUUUCUUUUUUUCCCUCACGCACAUUACCAUUAUUAGUCCACACGCACGCACCCAUAACAUAAAAGAACAUUAUAUUAUACUCCAUAGAAUAUCUUCUUUUUCUUCUUCAAUCAAUCUUCUCCAUCCAAAUUUAUUCUUCAAAUUUCAUAUCUUCUAUGUUACAAAUUCAUCACCUUCAAGAAACUUAUGUAACUAACUCUAUGAUGAACUGCACCGAAAGGUCUUUGUGCUUGUAACUGAAGAGUUUGAAACAAGGGACAUAUGCAAGCUACUUUUCAGGAAUGAGUUUCAGAAACAGGAACAUUGAAGUGGAAGAGAGGGAAUGUGAAAAAUCAGUGUUGGGGACAAAUGGGUCAUUAACAAGUACUACACAGUUUACAAUUGAUGAGAAUCUUCUAGUUGACCCUAAAUUGCUCUUUAUUGGUUCCAAAAUUGGUGAAGGAGCUCAUGGAAAAGUUUAUCAAGGAAGAUAUGUAGAUCAAAUUGUUGCUAUCAAAGUUCUGCAGCGUGGGAGCACCUCAGAAGAAAGAGCUUCGCUUGAAAAUCGUUUUGCACGGGAAGUUAAUAUGAUGUCUCGUGUCCACCAUGACAAUCUUGUAAAGUUUAUCGGAGCAUGUAAGGAUCCUCUAAUGGUGAUAGUUACAGAGCUAUUACCUGGGAUGUCACUGCGAAAAUACUUGACGAGUAUCCGUCCUAAUCCAUUAGACAUUCACGUGGCUAUAAACUUUGCCCUUGAUAUUGCUCGAGCGAUGGAUUGGCUUCAUGCUAACGGGAUCAUCCAUAGAGAUCUAAAACCUGACAAUCUGUUGCUUACAGCAAAUCAGAAGUCUGUAAAACUUGCAGAUUUUGGUCUUGCAAGAGAAGAAUCGGUGACCGAAAUGAUGACUGCAGAAACAGGAACAUACCGAUGGAUGGCACCAGAGUUGUACAGUACUGUAACAUUGCGUCAAGGAGAGAAAAAGCACUAUAACAACAAGGUUGAUGUGUAUAGCUUCGGAAUUGUUUUGUGGGAGCUACUAACAAAUCGGAUGCCUUUUGAAGGAAUGUCUAAUUUACAGGCUGCUUAUGCUGCUGCCUUCAAGCAAGAGAGGCCAAAAAUUCCAGAUGAUAUAUCACCUGAUCUUGCUUUUAUCAUACAAUCAUGCUGGGUUGAAGAUCCAAACAUGAGACCAAGCUUUAGUCAGAUCAUCCGAAUGCUCAACGCGUUUCUCUUCACACUCUCACCAGUAUCUCCUCCCUUGCCAGAACCCGACAAUGAGCCUGAGGCGGCAACAACGAGUAAUGGGACCAUUACCGAGUUUUCUGCCCGGAACAAAGGAAAGUUUGCUUUUCUUCGCCAGUUGUUUACUUCAAAAAGGAUAAAAAACUAACAGUAAGUGCUAAACCGUUUACCAUUCCAUUUUGCUACAGUAUAUAAAUUUUAGUACAUUCAUUGAGUAACCUCUAAGCAGAAAGUUGUAACAAUUUCCACAAAAGAAUAGAAUGUUGUUUAUAGACUUUUUGAAAAAGCAAGGUAAAACAAAAAGGAUUGUUUACAUUACACUAUCUAAUUGAACUUGUUGUAAAGGAACACAUUGGUUUAGCAUUUCAUGUGUCGAGAAUUAAAUGUUAUUUUUAAUGUGU